AGUAGAGGGAGAGCUGCAGGGGGAGGGGAGGAGGGCGAAGGGUGUCGAAGGGAUUAAUGAUCUGCUAAUCCCCCUCCCAUUCUGCGUGGAGAGCGGUAUAUAACAGACAGAAGCUGCUGCGCUCACAUCACUGUAACAGUUUAAGUGCAGAAUUAGAGCGUGAGGAGACUGAAUGAGGAAAUCAUGUUGAAACUAGUAAGCUUGUUGCUGCUUUUCGGUACUGCUGCCACUGUCUCACUGGGAAGCCCAGCUGCGCAUGAGAAUCCAACCCUGACCUCCCACGGCUUCACCACAUCACCUGGCCCUACUGAGGCAAAGUCUCGUUUUGCCAUGCUAGAUGACGUCCGCCUUCUUGCCAACGGUCUCCUCCAGCUUGGCCAAAGUCUACGGGAGUUUGUUCACAAGACCAAGGCCCAGAUCAAUGACAUCUUCCACAAGUUGAACAUUUUCGAUCGCUCCUUUAACCACCUCUCUGUCGUCACCUCGGAGAUAAAGGAGGAGGAGGAAGAGCUGAAGAAGACCACCAAUUACUUGAAGGUCAACAAUGAAGAGAUACGAAACCUGUCGCUGGAGAUCAACGUAAAGAUCAACAACAUUGUGCAGGAGCGGACACAGCUGCAGAGCAAGGUGGGGAGUCUCGAAGAGAAACUCAAGGGGCUGUCGCAGGGGAUGAUCCCAGUGGAGUACCUCAACGAAAUCACAUCUCUGAAAGAAGUGAUCGAAACUCAAGAGAAAACCAUCACAAACUUGCUGAAAGCUGUUCAGGAGCAACAUGAGCAGCUGGAACACCAGAACGUCAAGAUUAAAAACAUGGAAGAGAAGCUUAGUGAUGACAAUUUUCAAGACACAGUUGACAAGAAGGAUGGGGAUGCCACAUCUACCGAUAUGUUUGAAUAUGUGUCUGAAAACUCGACUGGUGUCGAGAACACAGGUAGCAGAAGUUGUCAGAAUAAUCUUAGUCAAGGUUAAAAAUAUUCCCAUAAUUGUGUUUCAGACCUUCCCAAGGAUUGCAGUGAGCUGUUUGACAGUGGAAUCCAUGUCAUCAAACCAAAACAGUCGGAGCCUUUCAAUGUCUACUGUGAGAUGGGACCAGAUGGAGGCUCGACUGUUAUCCAGCGCCGCAUGGGUGGUUCCACUGACUUUGACCGGACAUGGUCAAAAUAUGAGAAGGGCUUUGGAGAUCUUGAAAAGGACUUCUGGCUGGGCUUAAAGAAGAUCCACAGUCUGACACAACAAGGAGCCCACAUCUUGCGCAUCGACCUGGUGGAUUGGAAGGAGGAGAAGCACUGGGCAGAGUACAGUUUUUCCCUGGAGGGUCCGUCUGAGCAGUACACCCUGAACCUUGCAAACUUUUCUGGUAACCUGCCGGAUGCCAUGACCAACAGCAGUGGCCUCAGCUUUGCAACCAAUGACAAGAGUAAUAGAAACCAAAUCAAUGCCAGCUGCUCACGUGCGUACACUGGUGGCUGGUGGUUCAAUUCCUGCGGAGAGAACAAUCUCAAUGGAAGGUACUACUGGUUGAGGGCGAAGGGGCGCUCAAUUAGGAGAAAAGGGCUUUACUGGAAACAGGGAACAGGGCAGACGUAUUUCCUCAAGACCACCAAGAUGACUCUGCGACCGAUCGCAUCUGCUAAAGACAUCAACUGAACAACACAACGCUCAAAAUGCAACUGCCAUACUCCCACAAACCAUGUGGAACCAUGUAAAAUGAAACCGGGCCAAACGUUGUACAUAUACAACAUCAGAAACUUGGUCAUGGCCUAAAUUCGGCUCGCUGCUUCCUAAUGUCAUUUUGUCGCAGACUUCUGCUGACCUACCGAUAACAAGCAACAAAAUUGUCCGAGGUCAGGAAACGCUGCACUGUGGGAAUGAUGCAACAAUGGCACGCGGGUCGUCGACCUAUUCAGUCUGCCUCUGCGAGGGCGACUUCAUUGUCAUUACACAAUAUCUGCAAUCCCUUGCAAAAGGGACAGACAGAACAACGUCAGCAACUGGAGAGCGAGCUGCAAAAUGUCAGACUGAUGCAGGAGGAGCAAAGAGUUAUCAUGCAAUCCACUAAGGUAUAAUUACCCUGUCAAUUUAUAGAUAUACAGUCAGCGCUUGACAUCACAUUUGUAGAAAACUUCAAACCUAAAGCUGUCAAUAACUUGUGUCAUGUUAGAAAUAUAAGUACAGCAUACAAGUGACAGCUCAGAAGAAAUUAAAUGGCUGAUUAAUUCCUAUUUGUUCAUACUCGGCGUAGAUGGCUUAGCAAAGGACUGUUUGCUUAUUUGUGUGUUUGUUUUCGAUCAUGUGGUUUUGUGAUGCUGUCUCUGACUCCCAAGUUAAUGGGUCAUAUUGACCUGUGUCCAGUGGGAAAAAUCUGUCCCACAACUUAAUUGUUUUGAAGUUCACAUAAAAUAAAGACUUCCUUCAAAAACUCAUUCACUAAAUUCUGAAUUAGGACAGUUCUGAAGAUUCUAAUAAGGCUCACUGGAGUUCAGAAGUGUAUGUUCAGAAAACAGAACACAUUGUUUUCUAGUAUUUGUUCUUUAUUUCUACCCUUAAGGUCAUGGCCUGUGGGCCACAACAGAAUGAGCUAGACCAAAAAAAUAGAGGCAGCUAUAGUUUUUUUUUUUUUUUUUUUGUGGAUAAGAUCUCCCUUGCCUGGAAACGGCAGGCCUGUUAGCCACCUAAAAGAUUUUAGAGAGAGUAGAUAAUGCUUCCUUGUGACUUAGACACAGAAACACUGUAAAUGAAUAAAUGAAUGCAUGAA